AUGCCUGCCGAAAAAACCGAACUUCCUAAUAUUCUCUGUCCAUUGCUCAAUGCCGUAUUCGUGGCUGUUCUUCGGCGAUUGCACACAGCCUUUUUCUACGUGGACUACGAGGCAGAUCGGGCGAUUGCAGAGCUGGCAAUAAAAUAUCAGUGUCCUGCAAUGAGUGCAGACUCAGACUUCUUUAUUUUUACCGAUUACUGGGGAGACUGUGGUGGUUAUUGCUGUAUUCAGCCCAUCCCAUUUAAUGCCUCACCCAAAGCUUUCGAAAACAAGGUAUGUGAGGCAUGUGCCCUAGGGGACUUUUCACGGCAGAAUCAGAGAACUUAUUGCUACUACCUCGAGGCAAAGUGUUUUACGCCCGAUCAAGGAGCCUUUUCAAGGUUAGCAGCUCCCCUCAGACCGGUAUUUGCUGUGCUCUGGGGCAAUGACUAUGUUCCAUCUGGAUACUUUUAUUCCUGCCUUCCAGACUGGAUAACACGCAAAGUGGACUCAGGCCGCAAGUUUGGUCGGCAGAAAAUGAUGGAGAACCUGAUUGAGUGGUUAUCCAGUUUCGGAUCCAGUUUGCAGAAACCUAUCUCGUAUGUUCUUUCAAGAUUCCCGCCAAAUGAGAAGCUAGAGGCCGAAGAGGCAUUUUACAAGGGCCUCAGUCUAUACUCCGUCGACUUGAAAAGUGCACUUGAACGCUACGGAAAGUACAUAGGGCUUGCUGCUCCUACCACCAGGACAGAUAGGUCGCGCACUGCAGGAAGCACCACAAGGACAUCAUACGGUGAACGAGCCCGGCAAGUUCUGCUGGGGCAGGGAAAUCAUGUGAUCCGGGAACUGACCGAAAACUGGCCCACAGCACUGGUCGAAUAUUUUAGAACCCAUCCGACCUUCGGGCUGUUCAAUCCAGUCUACAGCUUUGACCAUUUAUGUGGCAGUGGAGUGCAGGACAUGAGACAGCCGGAACCACCUGAUAUAUGCUCAAGAAACCUCCGCCAACUCCUCUACAGUGUCCUCUUUCACAUAGAAGGAAAUAAUAGGCGAGACCUUCAUGGUGUACGGGGCACCAGCUCAAAUCCCCAUGUUUUUGAAACUAAGAUCAAUGAGCAAAUGGAGAUAGAAGUGACUACCGUGAAGCUGCUCAAAUUAACGGUUACAACACCAAGGCGGUUGCUAAGGAUGUGUUUUGGACUUCCAUGCAACAUGCCCGAUACUCCGGAGUGGCUUCAUGGAUUGGCUUGCGCCUGUUUCAUUGUUCUGCAGUCAAAUCAAAAGAAGCAGCAACAGGAGUCUGGUGGGGAACCAAUAACUAUGUCUUCCUCACCAACAGUCCUCGCAACUCUAGCAUUCAGCCUCGUCGCCUUCGCACUUCAGGGAGAGGAGACCCCACAAGGACCGUCAACUGAAGAAGUCCUUCUGGGUGAUCGCAUUUCACAAGGACUUGGUCUGCUGGACUGUCCAGACUCGGCCGAGGCCUGCCUGAACUUCGAGUACGUUCACACCUACGCCCAACUGCAGAUAGCGUACUCGACACUAGUCACGCUAGGUGGCGUCUUGACAGCAACCAUGCCCUCAAAGGAACAUGUAGAUUUGGGCUCACUUAACGAAGUCAGUUUCUGUUUUCCAUCUGGACGCCUGGUUCACAGACUGGCGGUUCGACUGGGUCUUCUCCCUCAAUGUGAGCGACAGAAGGAAGUCUGUGAAGUAAUCUUUCCCCGAUUGUUGGAGGCAAACCCCAUGAAGAAAGACAGUCCACCCUGCCUGACGCAGAAUGCUCUGUGCCAGCUGACAUCAAAUUACGCACGGAUUAUCACGUUUGUGGAUAAUUUGCUUGCAGGCCGGAAAUAA